UAAACACAAGGCCUAGAAUCCAGUAGUUGCUCCAUAAACGGUGCCAUCGGUGGUUUCCAGGAGGCGGCUAACUGCCCAGACUAACCGGGAAAAGUAAGGUGGGAUUAGUCGCGGGGUCCUGCGGGUUUGCUGUGCGCAUGCGCCUCCUUGGGGGCGGGAGCGCGCCGGUCCCGCCCCCUCCUCGCGUUCCGGGCCAGUCCAGCGUGCUCGGGUCGCCCCCACUGCUUCCUGAGUGGCUGUGAGCGAGGCGGUGACACCAUGUCCCUGGAGGCGAUCCGCUACUCUCGGGGCUCGCUAGAGAUCCUCGACCAGCUGGUCCUGCCCCAGCACAGUCGCUACGAGGCAGUGGGCUCGGUGCGCCAGGCCUGGGAGGCUAUCCGCGCCAUGAAGGUGCGCGGCGCCCCGGCCAUCGCGCUCGUGGGCUGCCUCAGCCUCGCCGUGGAGCUGCAGGCGGGCGCGGGGGGACCGGGACUCGCCGCGCUGGUGGCCUUCGUGCGCGACGCGCUGAGCUUCCUGGUCACCGCCCGGCCCACCGCUGUCAACAUGGCCCGCGCGGCUCGCCACCUGGCCGAGACCGCAGCCCUGGAGGCUGAGCGCGAGGGCGCCACGGAGGAGGCGGUCCGAGAGAGAGUGAUACGCUGCGCUGAGGACAUGCUGGAGAAAGACCUCAAGGACAAUCGGAGCAUCGGGGACCUAGGAGCCCGCCACCUCCUGGAGCGGGCAGCUCCUGGGGGCGGCAAGGUGACCGUGCUGACCCACUGUAACACUGGUGCACUGGCCACUGCUGGCUAUGGCACAGCUCUGGGUGUGAUCCGCUCACUGCACACCCUGGGCCGUCUGGAUCAUGCCUUCUGCACGGAGACCCGACCCUACAACCAGGGAGCCCGGCUGACUGCCUUCGAGCUGGUGUACGAGCAGAUCCCUGCCACUCUCAUCGCAGACAGCAUGGCAGCAGCUGCCAUGGCCCACCAGGGCGUGUCAGCUGUCGUCGUGGGAGCCGACCGCGUGGUUGCCAACGGUGACACGGCCAACAAGGUGGGAACCUACCAGCUGGCCAUCGCCGCCAAGCACCACGGCAUCCCCUUCUAUGUGGCUGCCCCCAGCUCCUCGUGUGACCUCCGUCUGGAGACGGGCAGGGAGAUCGUCAUCGAGGAGCGCCCAGGGCAGGAACUGACCGACGUCAACGGGGUCAGGAUUGCAGCCCCCGGCAUUGGGGUUUGGAAUCCUGCCUUUGAUGUCACCCCCCAUGAGCUCAUCACUGGCGGCAUCAUCACAGAGCUGGGGGUCUUUGCCCCUGAGGAGCUCCGGGCAGCCCUAAACGCCACCGUCUCCUGAGGGUAGGGACCCCUAGAUGGACCCCAGAAGUAACCAACCUGACUCUCCAUAGUCUGCCCCCAUUCCCUUAGGUUUUAUAAUAAACCUCUUGAAUGGCUUGCCCCCAAA